AAGCCCAAGAACCGAAACAAAGAUUUUUGAACAAAUCGAGCUCUGGGGAGGGUUCUAUACUUCCAUGGGGUUCCGUUUAACUGAAAGCCCAGCAAUGGAUUCCUCGUUGCAGAAGUUUCUAAGCUUUGAGUUCAGAAUAGGAGCUCCAUUGAUGAGGAGGAGACGAAGACAUUCAUUGGAAGUAGCUGUAAUUUCUUACCAGAAAUUCGUUAGCUUCGCUUUGGAAGAAACACAACGUCGAGCCCAUUUGAUUUCCUCUCCUUUGCAGGAGAAAUACAGUUCCUUAAAAGCCAUGGAUGGACAGACAGAGCUUCAGAUGCUAUCAUUUCAAGCUCCCAAGAUUAGGCUUCUCCGUGGUUUAACCAUCGAAGGGAGUGAAGGAAUGCAGGUUAUGGAUUUUGCUGUGCUACCACAACCAGAAUUUGAUCUGCCUAUAUUCUGUGCCAACUUUUUCACCACUGCUAGCAUGAAUAUAGUAGUCUUGGACCUUAAUCCUUUGUAUGAUGUCAUUUACCAUGGUGACUACAAGAAGAAGUAUUAUGAAAGGCUGAUGCCCAUUGCUGCCAAGUACACCGAGCUUUUACCUUGGGGAGGCAAGCUUACAGCCGAGUCUUUGAGAUUUUUCUCACCAGUUGUAAUAUGGACGAAGUUUACAUCAAGCCAGUACAAGCAUGAUAUUUUAUAUUCUGCAUUCAUGGACUAUUACAAGGCCUGGCUUGAAAUGAUGGACCAAGCAACAGAGGAGACAGAUGCUUCUCGGAUUAUUUGUAAUCGCGAAGCACAGCAUAAAUAUCUGACUUGGAGGGCUGAGAAGGAUCCAGGACAUAAAAUUCUGAAGAAGUUGAUAGGAGAGACCCUUGCAGAGGACUUGGUGAGGAGCUUCCUCUUCAAUGGAGUUAAUACACUUGGAAGCAAAACAUUUUUGGAUCAUUUUCCAGAGUAUCGCUGUGAAGAUGGGAGCGUAAAUGCGAAGCGAAGUGUCAUUGGGAAGUCUUUUGAAACUCGUCCUUGGGACAUUGGAGGAGAAUUCAUUGCCAAUGAUUUUUGUUGAAUAGCCUUUUUUUUCAGGACGAAAUAGUUGAAUAGCUUUCUUGUUUUCUAUUUGACCACUAUUCCUUUUCAUUUUCCUCCUUCCCAUGCAUGAAAUUGAUGUAUUUGUCUUUGUAUGUUGCCACAAAUGGUGAAGAUUUGAGAAUUUCAGAAGGCAAAAACUAUUAAAACCUUUUGUGGCC